AUACUGAAAGUGUGCAGCAGAAGGCAGGGAGACAGAUUGCAAAGGAGAGAGAGAGUGAGGGAGCGAGAGAGAAAGAGAGAGAGGGAGUGGGCAGGGCUCUAGGUAUGUGAGAACAACAGCACGCCGGGCCAGUGGGACAGAGAGAGAGAGACGAAAGGAAUUAGAGGAAGAAGAGGAGGGUGUAUGGUUAAGUGCUUGUAAGCGUGAGUGUGCAUAUGUGUGUGAGUGUGUGUGUGUGUGUGUGUUUACGUGUGUGUGAAAUCAGAUGGAGACAGUGUCCAAGUGCAAGACUGUGAGCCGGAGGAGAGAGAUGCUCGAAGAGGAUGAGGAGUAACAGGGCGAGGCAGCAGCGUGAGGCGCUGAGUGUGUGUGUGUGUGUGUGUGUGUGUGUGUGUGUGUGUGUGUGUGGUGGAGGAAUAGUGUGUGAACAGAGGGAUGCAGUCAUGUCUCUGUGAGAGGGAGCAGCACAGCAACGGUAACCAUGCUGAGCCCCAAGAUAAAACAGGCACGCCGGGCACGGUCCAAGAGCAUGGUGCUUGGAGAGCUGUCUCGGGUGUCCAGGCCCUGCUCGCCUCUGGAUCAGGAGAAAGCACUGAAGGCAGGCUGGCUGAAGAGGCAGCGGAGUAUCAUGAAAAACUGGCAGCUGCGUUGGUUUGUCCUGCGGACUGAAGCUCUGUAUUUCUACAAGGACCAGGAUGAGACCAAGGCACAGAGUUGUAUUCCUCUUCAGGGCAGUCAGGUCAAUGAGCUGCCUGCCAAUCAGGACGAGCCUGGUCGCCACCUUUUUGAAAUAGUUCCAGGGGGCACUGGAGAAAAAGAUCGGACAGGUUUAAGCCAUGAAUCAUUCCUGCUGAUGGCCAACUCUCAGAGUGACAUGGAAGAAUGGGUCAGAGCCAUACGCAGAGUCAUAUGGGCUCCACUUGGAGGAGGCGUCUUUGGGCAGCACCUAGAGGAGACAAUGUUGUACGAGGCUCAGUGUGGCCCCCAGCGACUGGUGCCCGUGCUGGUCGAGCAGUGUGCGUGUUUCAUACGUGAGCACGGGCUGGAGGAGGAAGGUCUUUUCAGGGCCCCCGGACAGACCAAUCAUGUUCGAGAGCUACAGGAUGCGUUUGACCGUGGCGAGAAGCCGGUGUUUGACAGUACCACAGAUGUCCACACAGUGGCAUCACUGCUAAAGCUGUACAUACGGGAGCUGCCAGAGCCUAUAAUCCCAUUCUCCAAAUACACACAGUUUCUCUCUUGUGCUCAGCUACUUACCAAGGAUAAAGAAAUGGGUAUCAUAGAGCUUGGCAAACAGGUGAAAUCCCUUCCUCAGGUCAACUAUAACAUCCUUAAAUACAUCUGCAGGUUCCUGGAUGAGGUUCAGUCUCACUCCAGUGAGAAUAAGAUGAGUGUUCAGAAUCUGGCCACUGUGUUUGGACCCAAUAUCCUUCGACCCAGAGUGGAGGAUCCAGUUACCAUGAUGGAGGGAAGUUCACAGGUGCAGCACCUGAUGACUGUGCUGAUCAGUGAACACUCCCGACUUUACCAACGUCAGGAGCCAGAAACAGAGACCAAGAUCUCCCCGCAGCAACAGCUGAGUCCUCUCAAACGGUGCAAGGUAGAGUGGUUCUCACAAGAAGACAUUGACCCCCCACCCUCCUCAGGCACAGGCUCCAAAUCCCCUAAAGAGAAACUCCAAUCUUCCACCCCUUCUUCAGACAGUAAGCCGACCACUCCAAGCCCCAGUACAACAUUGGAGAAAGGUGAGGAUGUUCAGCUUGAAGGGAAGGGCAAAAGUAAAUCAGAGGAGAAAAUAGACGGAAAAGCAGACAGCAAAAUUGAAGGGAGAAGUGGAAGUGAAGUAGCUGUUAGCCCCAGUAAACAGUCUAAAGCCCUGCCCUCCUGGAGGUGCUCCUUCAAGGGCAGUGCAGCAUCUGGGGGGUCAAGGGGGAAAUUAGGGGGAUCGGCGGGAGAUGUGUCAGCAGCUGGUGGGAGCAACUGGCUGAUGAAUGGCCUGUCGUCCCUCCGAGCUCACAGGCGCACCACCUCAUCUGGUGAAAGACUGAAAGACUCUACUCUGUCUCUGAAGGAUUCAACACUCUCCCUCAAAGAGACCACUCUUUCACUCAAGGACUCACAGAGAGACUCUGAUGAAGACUCCUCUCGAACAUCCCUGUCUCACAGAGCCCUCCACCAAUCCCACAGACUGUCUGCCUAUGACAAUGUUGCCCCCUCUAGUCUAAGCCUGCCUGCUGACACCUCCUCAAUCUGGACGUCCUUUGAGAUCUCAUUGGCCGAGCCAGAGGGAAGUGACAAAGCAGUAAAAGCGGGGCAGGGUCAAGAGAGACCCACAGAGGUGACGGACAGUACAAAUACUCCGGAUCACAGUGCAAGUGGGACUGAGGAUGAUCUCACUGGGACAAACGAAGGUCUCACCAACAUGCUGACCGAGCUCAAACUGGAGCUGAAGAAACAGAGGACAAGCUAUGAAAGCUGCAUUCGCAAGUUGGAAGAGUCCUGCUCUAAGUACCAGUCCCAGGUUAACCAUCUCGAGGAGGACCUGGACCAGGAGAAGAAGAAGUUCCAGAUGCUGGAGAUCCGACUCAGGAACUCGGAGCGGGCACAUCAAGACGCAGAGAACCGAAACAUUCUCCUCCAGCAGGAGAUGGAGGAGUUCUUCAAAACCCUUGGAGAUCUGACCACAGGAGCAACACGGACCAACUAGACCAGACCAACCUGCCUUCAUCUGGUCCAUCAGAGGAGGAGGAGGAGGAGGAGCUUGGAAAACCAGCCAGCCCCAAAGCUUUGAAGACCAAAUACCUCUUGUGCAGUACUACUUGCCAUCGUAUCCUCUUUAGUAUGGCCGUCUUGUGCCUACACUGACCAGUGCCGGUGCCAAACGAGAACUCCUAUGGACCAAGGACCUCUCAUUUUACCAUUCCACAAACGCCCUUACUAUUAUACUCCAUAGGUCAUGUAGCUAAUUAUUAAUUGUCUAAAUUCCUCUGUAGGAGACCAGAAAAGGCCUUAUUAAUGAUAUGAGCUACAGUCUUCCUUAUACACGCUCUGUUGAUGUUAGAACGCGACAGAAAUCUUGACAAAGGAAGAACAAUGUGAGACAUUAAAAUUCAACUCUUUUAUUUGCUGGAGUUGAAGGUACUGUAGACAGUUUCCAUUUCUGAUGUAUAUUAUUGGUCUGUUAGUGAGGCAAUUUCAUAUCCAAAGGCUAAAAUUCACACACCUGGCCUUAUCAUAACACACCACAACAGGUUUUUCUCUUUACUGUCCGUAUUUGGCCAAACCAUCAGAAGACUGCAGUAUCAUCCCAGUAGUGCUGAAUGGCUUUCCUUUCUUUAACUCUAAAUGUACCUGCACUAAAACCAGAUUUGCUCAGAGAAAACUCAUGCGUAGUCUAUUCUAACUUUUCUAUUUUUGAGAAGAUGGAGGGGAAGAAAAAAAAAACCACAAAAAAGAGGAAGCCACAACAGUCAUUUGUAAUGUGGCCCAGAAAGGGUCAGGACAUGCGUCACAAUCCCCAAAGUGCAUUCUGGGAGCUGAUGCUAGGGGGUUACUGCCUGGAGUGCCCAACCAUGAAAAGGGCAAAGGGACAGGUUGGGAAUUUGAGCCAUCAAAUACAUCCAAAGGUUACCGUGGCAGGUAGCAAAUGCCUGUUUCCUGACUCUCAGAAACAUACAUACAUCUACAUUAAAUUGUACAGAUCAAUUACCAAGUAUACUAAUCUAUGAUUAUAUUGCACAGAAAAAAAAAAGAAACAAAAUGCAUAUAAAUAGUACUUCUGAAUGAAAUGUACAUUACAUUACAAUAGACACCUCCUAGCUUGAAAUAAAUAAAUAAAUAAAUAAAUAACACAAAUGCUGAAAAAAAAACUUGGAUCUUUUUUCGCAUUUCUUUCGAAUGAUGUGUGCCAUGAUAUACAUACUGUAUCUUCAAACACGUGUGGUUGAGUGUGUGUGUGUGAGGUAGAACUCAGAAAGACGCACCACAGAAGAGAGGAGCAUCUGCCACGGAGAGGACUGAAAAUCACUGAACUGAGUAAGGGCACUUAAAUGAAAUAUCCUAAAUAUCAGACAGCAGUGAAUAACGUCUGAAAGAACCUGCCAUGAGGGUAAAGUGACUCAUUUAGACUCUGGUGACAGUCCCCAAAUACAGCUCACUCAUUCUAGCCAGUGGAGUGGCCUGGAUUAACCUGUUACAGCGCUAACAGUGGCUCGUUACAAUGCCACAUUUCUAUUCACUUACAUUCACCCUGUUCUUCCUCAUCCAACAGACCGUCAUCUACAAAUUACACCUAAGUAAAUAAACAAGUUAAAAUACAGUCAGUUUACAGUAUGCUAUAGUAAAAAAAAGAAAAAGAAAAAAA